AUGGCUAGUUGUGGUGAUAAGUCUACUAAACAGAAACUAUGUGAAAAGAUAUUGAGAUCGUUGCAUCUCAGGUUCGAUUAUGGUGUGUGUGCGAUUGAAGAAUCUAAAGAUAUUUUCGUAUUAAGUCUUGAAGAGUUGCAGGGAACUCUAGAAGCAAGAGAGUUGAGAAUGGAUGAAACGAGUGGGGGUAAUUCUGGGAAUCAGGCAUUAGUAGCAUAUGCCAACAAGAAAGGAGACAAGAAAAAGAAAUGGAGGAAGAAUAAAUUCAAGAAACCUGAAGAUAAGUCUGAAUCUUCAUCAAAAGGAGGAAAUUCGAGUGGUAAAUCAAAAGGAAAAUCAAGAAACUUUGACAAGAAGAAGGUGCAAUGUUACAACUGUGAGAAGUUUAAACAUGUUGCAUAUGAAUGUUGGGCUGACAAAGGAGGGAAACAUAAGAAGAAAAAAGAAGAUGAAGCAUGUGCUGCUCAAGAAUAUUCUUCGUCCGACUUAGAUACAAUCUUGCUAUUGGCAACCACAAACGGAGAACGCUCUCCGUUUUCAGACACAGUUUUGUUAAUUACUACCACAAACAAAGAACAUUCUUCAUCUCAGGUAUGGUUCCUCGAUAUUGAUAUUGAUACAUCAAGAAGGAGCAAGAUUAGGUUUGUUGAGGAUAGAACCUUGGAAGCUGAGGGAGCUGGCAACAUGGUGAUUAAGAGAAGAAAUGGGAGUACAAUAGUGAUUGAAAAUGUAUUGUAUGUGCCAGAAAUGAAGAGCAAUUUAUUGAGCAUUGGGCAACUAAUUCAAAAAGGGUUUCAGGUGAUCAUGAAGAACGACGUCUUAGAAAUGUAUGAUGGGCAGAAGAAUAUAAUACUCAUGGUUCCUCUUUCAAAGAACAAAACCUUUCUCAUCAACAUACAAGUUGCUGAUAUUCAAUGCUUGAAGGCAUCAAGCUCAAUUGAUGAAAACUGGCUGUGGAAUUCCUAUGAUUGA